UAAAAGCGGUUUCACUCCCACUCUCAGGGACCUCAAUCAGUUCCUUCUCUUUCUCUUCCAAAAUUGCAGAUUCAAAUUGACUACACUAUUCUUCUCUCAAAUGAACUCAAACCAAAUUGAGGGCGACUCUCAUUCUCACUCCAUGUUCGUUCGGGCUCUCCUCGAGGAGCACAAUUUUGAAGCAGCAGAGCAUUUCGUUAAAACCCAGAUGACGAAAGGUGUGAAUUUCCCGAAGGGUCGCUUGUGGGACUCUUUAAUUCAAGCCCUGUGUGUCCACCAAAAUGACCCUGAAAAGGCGCUAUUGGUGUUGCGGGAUUGCUUGAGAAAUAAUGGUAUAUUGCCUUCUUCCUAUACGUUUUGUUCACUGAUUCACGCUUUUAGCUCUCGAGGAAUGAUGGCCAGAGUAAUUGAGGUGUUGGAGUUAAUGAAUGAUGAAAAACUCAAAUACCCAUUUGUUAAUUUUGUUUAUAGCUCAAUAAUUGCUGGGUUUUGCAAGAUUGGAAAACCAGAGCUUGCAGUUGGGUUAUAUAAGAAUGCUGAAAGUUCGGGACUUUUGAGGCCUAAUUUAGCAACGUAUACAGCACUUGCGAGUGCUCUCUGCGAUUUGGGUAAAUUUGACGAGGUUAGUGAUUUGGUUUGGAGGAUGGAACAAAAAGGAUUGCUUUUUGAUGUUGUCUUUUAUAGCAACUGGAUUCGUGGAUAUUUCAGGGAAGGGGGUUUAAUGGACCCCUUUAAGAAAUAUAGAGAAAUGAUUGAGAAAGGAAUAAGCUCAGAUACUAUCAGCUAUACAAUACUCAUUGAUGGGUUUUCCAAGGAAGGGAAUGUGGAAAAGGUAGUUGGCUUUUUAAACAAUAUGAGAAAGGACGGGUUGAAACCUAAUUUAAUUACAUAUACGGCAAUCAUGUCGGGGUUUUGCAAGAAAGGAAAACUGGGGGAGGCAUUUACUGUGUUGAAGUUGGCUGAAGACUCAGGGAUUAAAGCUGAUGAGUUUAUGUACACGACAUUAAUUGAUGGGGUUUGUAGGGGAGGAGAUUUCAAUCAAGUUUAUCAUCUUCUUGAUGACAUGGAGGAAAAUGGGAUUAAUCCAAGCAUUGUUACAUACAAUACAUUAAUUAAUGGAUUGUGCAAAGUUGGGAGAACAUCUGAGGCAGAUGAUAUUGCUAAGGGCAUUCCUGGAGAUAUUAUUACCUACAGCACCUUGCUGCAUGGGUACAUUCAGGAAGAGAAUGCCAUGGGAAUUUUAGAGACAAAGAGGAGGGUAGAAGAAGCUGGAAUUCAUAUGGAUAUUGUUAUGUGCAACAUUCUAAUUAAAGCACUAUUUAUGCUGGGGGCUUUUGAAGAAGCCUAUGCAAUUUAUAAGGGAAUGUCUGAGAUGGAUUUAGUUGCUGAUUCUGUUACUUUUUGUACCAUGAUUGAUGGGUAUUGUAGAGCAUGUAGAAUUGAUGAGGCACUAGAGAUAUUUGAUGACUUAAGAAACACAUCAAUAUCAUCAUUGACAUGCUACAGGCGAAUUAUCUAUAAGCUCUACCAGAAGGGUAUGGUAGAUAUGGCAACCGAAAUUUUCCUUGAACUGAAUGAGAAAGGUUUGGCUUUGGAUUUCGAUACCAAUAAGUUGUUGACUGCGAUCUUCAAAGAAAAAGGUGUAGAUGGAGUUAUGAAUUUAGUUCACAGAAUUGAGAAUUCAGGACAAGAAAUUUGUGAUAUUAUAUUUAAUGAUGCUAUUUGUUUCUUUUGCAAGAGGGGUUUUUUGGAGGCUGCAUGCGAUGUGUACUUGGUGAUGAAGAGGAAAGGGUCAUCUGCUACAUGCACGUCUUACCACUCAAUACUGAAAGGGCUUUUUGACAAUGGAAAAAUGUGGCUGUGCCAGCUCUUUCUUAAUUCCUUUGUGAAAAAAUAUGGUCUUGUUCAACCGAUGGUCCGCGAGAUUCUAGUACACUAUUUGUGUAAGAAAGAUGUCAUCAAAGCUCUUCAGUUUCUAUGCAAGAUGAACAAGAACACAUGUACGGUCACUACUUUUCCUGUUACUGUUCUCAAGGCACUUACAAAGGAUGGUAGAGAUUUGGAUGCAUACAAAGUUGUCAUGGGAGCAGAAGAGAGUCUGCCUGUUUUGGAUGUAGUUGAUUACACAAUCCUGGUUCAAGGCCUAUGCAAGGGAGGACAUCUUAGUGAAGCCUUGGAUCUCUGUGCCUUUGUUAAAAGGAAAGACAUUACUCUUAACAUUGUCACUUAUAAUUCAGUUAUAAAUGGGUUAUGCCGCCAGGGAUGUCUUGUUGAAGCAUUUAGGCUGUUUGAUUCAUUAGAGAAAAUUGACUUGGUUCCUUCUGAAAUUACUUAUGCUUCACUGAUCGACACUUUAUGUAAAGAAGGAUAUUUUCUGGAUGCUAAGAGAUUGUUGGAGAGGAUGAUUUUCAAGGGUCUUAGACCAAAUACACACAUAUACAAUUCAUUGAUUGAUAAUUAUUGCAAGUUCAACCAAAUGGAGGAAGCUUGGAAGCUGCUUCUUGAUUUGGAAUCAAGAUGUCUCAAGCCAGAUGAAUUCACUUUAAGCUCUAUGAUUAAUGGCUAUUGCAAAAAAGGAGACUUGGAAGGGGCUCUCAAAUUCUUUUUUGAGUACAAAAGGAAAGAUCUAUUACCUGAUUUCUUGGGUUUCAUGUAUUUGAUUAAAGGUCUGUGUGCUAAGGGCAGGAUGGAAGAAGCCAGAAGUGUUUUAAGAGAGAUGCUUCAGGCACAAUCUGUUGUGGAAGUGAUAAACCAAGUUGAUUCUGAGGUUGAAACAGAGUCAAUAGGAAAUUUCCUCGUCUUUUUAUGUGAGCAAGGAAGUAUCAAAGAAGCCAUUACUAUCCUUAAUGAAGUUGGAUUUAUGUUUUUUCCUGGUGGGACAAAAUGUGGCCCUUAUAGUAGGGUGCAUAGACCGAAGAGACAUUAUAAAGGGGAGACUCUUGUUACAGUGGAUUCAAGGUGUUUAACAUCCCCUUGUGUGAUGGAUUUGGACUUUGGAUCACGUAAUGUAAAGAAAGUAAGGGAGAUAGUGGAAAAUUGUGAUAUUUCACAGAAAAAACUUCAGUUUCUUAACUUUGAUUCUUGCUAUUCUCUAGCUGCUUCACUAUGUGCAAGUGGUGAGCUACAGAAGGCCAAUAGACUGGUAAAAGAAAUGAUAUCAAAUUUGGACACUGGUUGUUAGUUUGGGAUUACUGUUCUCCUUAACCAGCUAGAAGCUCCCUCUAUACGGACUGCAGGACAAAGAAAUAUGUGUUUUCCUCUUGCAGAGAUUCUCCCAGCCUUCUGAGGAAGUAGGAUAUUCAGAAGGUGCAGGGUUGAACUGGCAAAGUUGAGCUCUCUUUGCUGUUUCUGUAGUUAAUGAAACUACAGUGCUGGUCUGUCUUUGUGGUGGUUGAAGAGGGGUUUUUGUCAUGAUUUCUGGGUUGUUCUGAACUAUCUCCAAAGUCAGGGUUGAUUACACUGUACCUGCAGCUCUGAACUUCAUGCAGUCCAUUUUUCUGAAGCUGUUUGUGCAGUGAGCUUUGGCCUACAGAUUGUGGUCUGAGGUGCUUGGUUCUGGAUGUUGGAAGUUUGGAAGUCUGAAUUCAUGAUUCUCUGAGGGUGCUGCUUCCUGAAGAUCUCAUGUUGAUUAGAAGUUCUAUAGAAGGUACGAUAUAAGGAAGAUUUGGGCUCAUUUGGAGAUACACAGGAGCAUGGAGUUGCUGAUGGUUUCUGGCAGCUUCUGAAAGUGUGCCUUAUAUAUUUAUAAUUAUUUAUAUAUAUAUUUAAAAAAAAAAAAUCUCCUUCCACUUCUUUGCCCUUAACUUACCUUCCCAUUAUUUCAUUUCCUAUCUCCUUUUCUUUUCUCUCCCAUUGGGUUUCUGGCAUAACCUUGAGGUGGUGCUUGAGAUUCAUGCUCACACUAUUUAUUUUUUGACAAACUUGUAUCUGUAUUGAUGAGUUCUUUUCCCUGGAUUACCUACUGAUGCUGGAUAUAAUUUUAAGAUGGGAUCUCUUUCCAUCUUGAGCUAUUGGCUUUGAUGUUGCAAGUUCUUGUCCCUUCAUCAACAUGGUGUUCUCUCGGUUGAAUGUAUGCUUCUGUUCCUGGGUGGUUUCUAUCACUUUUAUUGGAGGUGGAUUGGUCUUCUUCAACAAGGUCUUCCCUUUGGUGUUAGAUUUGCUUUGAAACUUCUGACGUGCUUGUGAUGGAGGCCUCCCGGAUUUUCAUCAACAUGGAGAUGGCUUGAGCUCUUUAGUUUGUUGGAGGGUGGUGGUAGUGCUUGAUUAAGGUUGUCUCUUGACUUGCAUGUGAGUUCGAGAAGAUGCAUUGAUUGCUAUUGGCUGACUUUGUUAUGGGGUUUGCCUAUCCUGCGUACUGGAAGAUUUUCUAUUUAUGUCUCCUCUUGGAGGUGGGUUGAGCCUCUGGUCUUUGAUGCUGCAUAUCUGUUGUUGGUCUUCUUCAACUAGGUCUUCCUUCUGGCUGAUGGUCUUCUUCAACAAGGUCUUCCUUCUGGUUGAUUGAGUCUUGAUGAGUUGGCUUCUCACUGGUUUGCUCUCUUCCCCAUUCGUGGUUCGAGACGUUCUUCUUCAACACGGUCAUUGGUCUUCCUAUGGAAUGUAGAUUGUACCUCUGGCCUCUGUUACUGAUUCCUGAUUGAGUUUGAUGGCUGCUUAUACUGGAUCCCUUGUGGUAGUUCUUCUUCAACAGGGAUUAAGCCCUGACUAUGAUGCUGCUUCUGUUGUUCGCCUUUUCUAGCAAGGUGUUCCUUCAGAAGGUGGCUUUGUGCUGAAUUAUCUGAUAUUGCAAGCUGGUAGCUGCUUCUCGGGUUCUGCUUCAUCAUGGCUAUUCUAUAUGGAGGUGGCUUGUUCUGUCUGAUGAUUGGACUACCUUGGCUCUAUGCCUUCUGAUUGAUUUCCAUCUUUAACAUGGUUGUCUACUCGGUGGUGGCUUGAGUUUUAAGGUAAUCUAAUUUUGGUAUAUUUAUGCUUCCAAAUUGGUUCUAUUUGGUAUAUUUUAUACUUUGUCUUUGAUGGCCUAGUGCCCCUGGGGAUGCCCAGGUUGGGUGUAAUAGUUUGAAUUGUUUUGAUGGAAGUUUUUUGGCUUCCUUCCUCUCGGUAUGUCCAGAGUUUCUAUACAUAUCCAUUUGAUCAAUAUAAUUUAUUAAAAAAAAAAAGAAAAAGAAA